AUGAAAACUGCCACCAACAUCUAUAUCUUCAACCUGGCUCUGGCUGACGCACUGGUCCUGAUGACCCUCCCAUUCCAGGGUACUGACAUCAUCAUGGGAAUCUGGCCCUUCGGAAAUGCCUUGUGUAAAAUCGCCAUUGCCAUUGAUUACUACAACAUGUUCACUAGCACAUUCACCCUGACCAUGAUGAGCGUCGACCGGUACAUCGCCAUCUGCCCACCCGGUGAAGGCGCUUGA